GCUAUUUUAUGUUUUGAAAAUGGAUUGUUGGGCUGUGUGAUCUGUAUGAGUAUAGUUGAGAAUUAGAGAAGAAAGAACCUCUGAGAAAAGACCUCUUUACAUAAAUCUUUUGGCGAGUGAACUCAACCUCAAGCACUAACAACCAAACCAUAUGUUCGCCCAAAUCAAGUUUCAUGGUGCACUAAAUAUUCACUCAAUCACCCAAUUCUUGAACCAUUGUACUCAAACGAAGAAUCUUAGAGCAGUUGAGGGAUUCUACGCCCAUGUACUUAGAGCAGGGUUAUUCUUCAUUUCCCCUAACCUCCAAACCAAACUCGUAUUAACAUACACAGCAUGCAACAACCAAGACACCCAUAAAGUUCUGACCAGCUUCUUCAAAUGUCUCAGUCCCAGAAACCCAUUACCCUUCAAUUCAAUUAUAUCUCAUUUUUCUCAACACGGGUCUGACUCUUUUGCGCUCCAUACCUUUUCUUUCAUGCAUUGCAAUGGUGUUUAUCUUGAUUCUUACGCUUUAUGCACCUCUUUGAAAUCAGCUUCUUGUUUGAAGAAUGUUUGCCUUGGUAAAAUGAUGCAUGCCUAUGUGGAGAAAUCGGGUUGGUUGGCUAGCGUGUUUGUGGGCAGUGCUUUGGUGGAUCUUUACGGGAAAUUGUUGUGUAUGAAUGAUGCAGGAAAGAUGUUUGAUGAAAUUCCUGUGAAGAAUACUGUGUGCGCAAAUGCGCUUAUGUCGGGUUAUGCUGAGGCUAAAAUGUGGGAUCAAGGAAUUCAACUGGUUAGGAGGAUGCCCAUUCUAGGUUUGCCAGUGGACAAUUUUACGAUGUCUGCUACUCUUCGUGCAUGUAGUGGGCUUUGUGCUCUCGAGUUCGGCAAGCAGGUUCAUGCAAAUAUAGUACGCUGCAUAAUUGAUGUUGGAGCUGAUGUGUUUCUGCAAAGUUUGUUGAUUGAAAUGUAUGGGAAGUGUGGACUGGUGGAUAGUGCAAAAAGAGUCUUCAAUAUGCUGGGAUAUGAAGUAGGGGAGAGACGACUCGAUGUUGUUUUAUGGACUUCAAUGUUAGGAGUGUAUGGUCGGAAUGGAAAUUAUAUUGAAGUGAUUAGGUUGUUUAAAUCUAUGCUAAUGGAAGGGAUAAGGCCUGAUGGGGUGGCGUUUUUGACAGUCAUCUCUGCUUGUGGUCACACUGGCCAAGUUGAUCUUGGAAUGGAGUACUUUGAGUCCAUGACUCGCGACUAUGGCUUGGUUGCAAUCCAAGAGCAUUAUAGUUGUCUUGUUGACUUGCUUUGUCGUGCUGGAGAGUUGGAGAGAGCUUGCAAAUUGGUUAGUGAAAUGCCAUUUACUGGGGACAAGAGCUGCACUAUAUCCAUGUGGGGAGCAUUGCUUAGUGCCUGCAAUGAGUGUGGAAAUGUCAAUUUGGGAAAGUUGGCUGCUCAUAGAGCACUUGAAUUGGAGCCUGAUAAUGUUGGAGUUUAUGUUCUAUUAUCUAAUAUGUAUGCCAGGAAUGGUAUGUGGGCUGAGAUUGAGCAAUUGAGGGAAUCAAUUAAACAAAAAGGGUUGAAGAAGGAAAUUGGAUGGAGUUGCAUAGAUGCAACCAGUUCAGUCGGAGGGAAAUUCUCUUAUAGAUAGCAAUUCGUUUCAUGUUAUCACGUUUAUGUUCUAUAUUCGAUAUGUUUGAGAGGAAUUACAUGGCUGAGUUUCUCAAAAUGCAUAGAGUUCAUGACAAGUAAGGGUUGAGAGGACAAUGGAGGGAAUUCAUUAAAUGUGACAAGUUGAAAGGAGAGUGGUUCUUGAACAGACAGCUUGCAUUCCCUGUUCUCAGUUGGAUGAAUUUCUUCCCUGAGUAUGUUCACACCAACAGAAUGCAGAUGAGAAAACAAUGCAAGGUUUUAUCUCCAUCACAAUACAGCCUACCCACUGCUGACACUCCAAAUUACAUCUUUAUCAUAUUAGUUUAACUUCUCAAGGUACUUGAGAUGAAGUGGUUUGAGCUUCUAUAUGGGCCUCGCAGAGGCGCAAUUUUUGAAGUUUGAACCAUCUUGCAAAACCUGGUUUCUAGCAGAACAAUUCUCUUUCAACUUCAAGCGAGGUUUCUUGAUGAGAUGCCUCAAACUCUGAGGCUGAAAUCUUACCUUGAUUCUCAUCCAAGCCCCAGAGAAAUGCCUAAGCAUCUUUUAGCUUUCAGAUCAAACUCAUAACUUCAACAAUUCAAAUUUCAAAAGGGCUGGGUACUACAUGAAAAGUCCCUCAUAUACAUUUCCCAGUAGUGUGUCAAAUGUACACCUUGUGACAGCUUAAAUGGAGCUUGUUCGUUUUGGUAUUCUGCAGUAAAAACCACUCUGAUAAAAGGUCAACCUUAGUCCUUCCUGAAUGACUCUCAUACUUAGUCUUCCUCAUUGAUACGGUUACAUGCAGUAUAAGAGAGGGUCUCGUAUGUGCUUCAUGUUGGUGAUAAUGUCAUUCUUGCUGGAAGAAUAUGUUGUUGUCCAGAGAGGAGCUGAUAAGAUCUCUAUUUUUUCUUUUAAGAUUUAAAAGAUCAUGUGUGAAUGUUUAAAGCGGUAGAAAGUAUUUAAAAUGUAUAUCAUCAUUAUUAAGGUGAAUGCUACAAUCUCAGAUGUUGGAUCGUGCUCUCCCCAUAAUGUGCCAAAGGCUAAUCGCAAGAUGCUUCAGGACCUUCGAGCUACUGCCUAGUAGAGAAGAUUCGAUUCUCUGCAGGCAAUUGCUUCUAGUGCUCUGCAAAAAGAUUGAAGAUGAGUAGCACUCUUGUUAAUUCAUUACUUAAUCCAUCCCCUUUCUUGAAUCUAAUGAAUGUCCAUUCCCUGUAGUAGGAUAUUCGUUUAUUUUGCUGUGAAUGAUGAGAAUCUGUUUUUUGGUUGAGAAAUAUAACACUGUUAACUUGAUCUAUUCUGAAUGGGAGGAUGUGGUUCAAAAUCAAAAGGCAGCAUACCAUCUUCCUUUUUUGUUUAGGCACUAUAUGAAGAACAAGAAGAUUUUCUAACUUGGUGCUUUUUAAUAAAUUUGUGGAAUUCUAUACUAAUUAUUGGCCACCUAGAAGAUAAAGGAAGAUAUGAUCCUUUGGCAUUUAAGUUACAUAAGUCAAAACUCAGUGGUAUCGUUUUUUCCUGAUUGGUUUCAGUUGUUCCAACACCAUCACAACUGGUGUUAGGAAAAUGUUUGGAUGGUGUUUACAACAAUGGCUUGCAGGUAGUGUGGAAAUUCUUUUGAAGUAUUUAUUCCAAUUUCCAAGUUGUAAAACAUAAUCGAAGUGUGAUCGAGUUUUCAAUGGAUCAUAGCUGUGCCGCGUCAACAGUGGUCUCAGCAUACCAGGUUUGAAAUCUUAUCCUUAAUACUGACUAAUUCUUCUUCAAAUUAUUUUCUGUGGGCCCUUUAAAGCACAUCCUCUAUUUUAAGUUCGUUUAAUUUAUCCAGAGUUCUACUUUAUUGUCCUGAAAAUUAUGUGUUAGAGUUAGACAUCCAGGCUUCUUCUUGCUCUGGGUCUUAUGACAUGAAAUUUGCUGAGCUGUUUAUUGGUCCAACUUUCAUGCAUAGCCCCCAUUCUUGAAAUGACUCUUGUCGGUCGUUUUAGUUUUGAUAUCAUCACCUGGCUUGAUCUAUAAAUAUGUAUAUAGAUAUACAUUUUUCUGCUGGCCAUUGCUCUGCUCACUUACACAGCUAGGGCCCAUAUUGUUUAUAUUUCAUUAAAUAUCACUUACUAUUUAAUUUCAUAAAAUGGUAACUUAGUACAGAUUUGUGAUUGUUGUUUGCCUUGUCAAAGGAGUAAUAUAUUUUCAGAGUUUUUGUACUACUCAAACGUGAUUAGACACAUGCACUGUGGCUGAGAGUGUAAAAAUAUAUCCGACUUUUGAUCUAUUAAUUCCCUACAACUAUUAAAUACAUAAGUACUUUUUUUGUACCUAUGUUAGUUAGAGCUAAUUAUACCCAUACAACUGAAGCAUCAACUUCUUACCA